AUGCUAUGUUUCGCCACCACCGCCGACGCCGCCUCCAUCAGCUCCUCCAUCUCCGCCAUCUCCGCCAAGCUCCCUACCGUGCAGACAGCACUGUGCUGCUCAGACGUUCCCGCCGGAGAAAACGUGCACUUGGUCCGGUUGCGCAGGCUGCCCGGAGAUGACGCUGACCGCGACCUUCUACAGCCAAAAAUCGAUGACGGGUCGAACUGGGGGUUCGAUCACGCGACGUGCAACCGUGCCUGUCAGGCGUACACGUACUUUGCGUUGCAGCACGGUGUCCAAUGCUACUGCGAUGACACGUACGGGACGCCUGCACAGCAGUACCCGCGCCUCCCGGACGUCAGAUGCCAUAUGGAGGGCUACUGCGCAACAUGCGGCAGCGGCUACUCCAACUCUGUCUUUGUCGUCUCGCCGCUGCCGCCCCAGCCGCCACCGAAUGUUCUCUUCAUCAUGGUUGACGAUUUGGCGCCGCUCCUCGGUACGUAUGGGCGCCAAUCGGGCUUCGCGCCGGCGAUCACGCCGAUCAUCGACCAGUUUGCGGUUGAGGGAAGCCUCUUCGAGACGGCCUACGCUCAAGUCCCCAUGUGUGGCGCGUCACGCGCAAGCCUGAUGACAAGCCUGUACUCGACGCCGAUCCGCUUCAAUCAGUGGGACUCGUGGGCCCAGUUCGAUGCGCCCGGCGUCCCUGACCUACCAAAGGUGCUCAGGUCCAAGGGCUACAGGACGAUCUCGAACGGCAAGAUCUACCACGAGCAUGCGGACAACGCGGGCUCGUUUCACGAAGUCUGCAUCUUCUGUCAACAAUGCGUUGGCUCAUCGGACUCAAUCUCCUCGUGUCCCUACAGGGGCAACACCAAAUCGUGGACGCAAAAGUGCAACUGGAAGUUGUCGUGUAGCGGAAGGCACGAUCGAUUCGACCCGUUGGCGGAGAACCGGAGCACAGUUUCGCUCCUCACGCGACCCUCGGGGCCGGGGGGGCGGGUCGGCGGCACGUCGCCGGCGUAUGAGGCAGCGGACGUGGACGACUGGACGUACCCCGACGGAGUGAUGACGGAGAAGGUGAUCGGAGACAUCCGUCGUGCCCACGAGGACGGCGGCCCGUUCUUUAUCACCGCGGGGUUCAAUCGGCCGCACCUCCCUUUUGCUUGCCCCAAGCGGUACUGGGACAUGUAUCAGCGCUCCGAGCUCCGCCUGGCCAGUAACCCGUGGCUGCCCGAGGGAGCGCCGAUUCGAUCGAUCCACUACAAGGAGCUCACAGCCUACGGCGACUUUCUGGGUGAGCCGAUCCCCACGUACAAUGCGGGGACCGGCGGACCGAGCGGCGGCGCCGUCAACCUGCCCGAUGAACUCGCAAAGGACCUCGUCCACGGCUACUACGCCUGCGUCUCAUACGUCGACGCCCUCAUCGGCUACCUCUUUGCAGAGCUCAAGUCGUUCUCCGCGCCGCCCUCGCCACUACGCGACGCAGGGUCCGUGACGCCCAGGACAAUGUACGACGAGACGAUCAUCACCUUUACGAGCGACCACGGGUAUCACCUCGGCAACAAAGGGACGUGGUGCAAGCACUCGGUGUACGAGACGUCGCUGCACGUGCCCAUGAUCAUCAAGGCGCCCGACUUCGCCCCGUCGCGCAUCGCGGCGCUCGUCGAGAAUCUAGACCUCUACCCGACCAUCCUCGACCUGAUCGGCGUCCCCGCGCCCGCGCACGUGCAAGGCACGUCGAUGGUGCCCCUGUUGGCCAACAGCAGCGCUCCAUCGAAGCCCGCGAUCUUUGCGCGCUACCGCGACAGCGACACCGUUCGCUUUGCCGACAAGCAGUUCACCGAGUUCUGUAAGAGGCCUCAAUGCUGGUCGAUCGAAACCUGCACCAGGUCUUGUGAAACGACCUCGGACAAGCACUACAUGCUUUACGACCACAGCAUCGACCCGGACGAGAAUAAGAACCGCGCAGACCUGCCCGCGUAUAGCGAGGUGGUGCGGGAGAUGCGCGCGGCGCUGCACGCUCACAAGGAGUCGCGCGCCCCGCCGCUGUAA